CAAGGAUGCCUUGCACAAGGUGCGAUCCUAAAAGGUUUGGGCAAGCAGGCCAGCUGGAGCAGACAUGGGGAAACAAAGGGAGAGGCGGACAGGGGCAGAAAGCAGGGACUUUCCUCUCUGGCUUGCCCCCUCAUGCCCCCCUCUGUAGGGGGCAUCUCACAUUACCAGAUCCCGCCAACCCCUCUGCAGAAAGCCUUUCCAUCCAAGGGUGACGGUGGUGGUAAAGUCUCCCUUUCUCUCGCUCUCCUUGCGGAGUUGGCCAAUGGCUGGCCACAGCUGCAGCCUGCGUGGGCUGAGCCUGUAACCGAUACCCCCCAAGACAUCUACCCUGGGCGACUGUCUCUAGAGCCAGAAGGCAGGCAGGGAGAGGGGAGCCCCGACGGCACAUAGAAAGCAAGAGGGGAAAGCUGACAUGGCCAUCCCAGAGAGAAACUCGGAGGGCGGCAGACUUGCCUCCCGCUCGGCUUGCCCUCCCCAGCUUUAAUGGGACAUAUCUGGUUCCCUCUUCGAAAGAGGCAGGAUCACUUCCUGUUCUCUGCCGCACAGAGCUUUGCAAAAGGACAGCAUUGUCCUCCACAUGCGGGACUCCUUGUUGGAGGUGUAUUGGGUUUGUGGAGCCUGCUAAAGCCGCGGAGCCCUCCCUUCUCCGCCAUGAAUUUUGGUUUCACCCAGGAGCAAGUGGCCUGCGUGUGCGAGGUCCUGCAGCAAGGGGGAAACAUCGAGCGCCUGGGGCGCUUCCUUUGGUCGCUGCCGGCCUGCGACCACCUGCACAAGAACGAGAGCGUCCUGAAGGCCAAAGCAGUGGUGGCCUUUCAUCGGGGAAACUUCCGGGAGCUCUAUAAGAUCCUGGAGAGCUACCAGUUCUCUCUGCACAACCACCCCAAGCUGCAGCAACUGUGGCUCAAGGCUCAUUACAUCGAGGCAGAGAAGCUGCGCGGGAGGCCGCUGGGAGCCGUGGGCAAGUACAGGGUGCGGCGCAAAUUCCCCCUGCCUCGGACCAUCUGGGACGGAGAGGAAACCAGUUAUUGUUUCAAGGAGAAAUCUCGGAGUGUGUUACGGGAAUGGUACAUCCACAACCCCUACCCAUCCCCUCGUGAGAAGAGGGAGCUGGCAGAAGCCACAGGGCUGACUACCACCCAGGUCAGCAACUGGUUCAAGAACCGGCGCCAGAGGGACCGUGCGGCCGAGACCAAGGAGAGGGAGAACAGCGACGGUGGUGCACUGAAGGAAGGAAGGGGCCUUCCACGAGAAAGACACCUACUCUCCAGCUCCGAUGACGAGAGCUCUCCCAUUGACAGCCCUGCAGCUCAUGCAUCCAGCCCCUCACUGCUCUACUCUGGUUUGCCACUUUCGGCUCCAGCGGGAAACUCCAUUCACAACGUCCAGAGGGUAGAUUUUCUGCAGCACCAGCCGCUCCACAAUAGUCUCCUGGGGCCCCUCACUUCUACCCUUGUAGAUCUGGGCUCCUGAAACUGAACAGUGGAGCACCCACUUCAUCCCCAAUGGACUGUUCCUUUGUUCUCCUUCCGUACUUCUAAGCACUCUCCUGCCCAGCCAGCACAGGAACUCACAAAGCAUCUCCUCAUCUCCUCCUAACCUUUAGGGGGCAGUCAUAAGAGGAGGAGGCCUAUGGGCACCUGCAAGGCCAUGCUAUUGCCCCCACAAUUCAAAAUUCAGAUUUUGACAGACAAACCAUUCCCGAAUCCCACCAGAUCUCUACUUUCUGCAUUGUUAAAAAAAAAAAAAGCAGCAAAACUUUGUGUUGUUAUAGAAAAGAACAUAUUUCUGCUAAAAUCAGAAACCACUUCUGCGGGAAGGGGGGAUUUCGAGCAGAUGGGAUUUCUGCUCUCAACACAUUCCCUGAUCCCACACCCCCUGGAAAAAUUCCCAAAUCUUGCUCCCCGCAUACACUAGUUGAUCAUGAGGGCCCAGCCUUCCUACCUUAUAAAAGAGUGGCAUGAAAUGCGCCUGAUGGCAAAGCAAGGGGAGCUCUGUCCCCAUGGAACCAAGCAAAGGUGAAGCAGUUAGCAAAGCAACAAAAUCGGUACGAAGCAGAGUACAAGUGCAUGCAGCAGCUUAAACUGGGAAGCGCAGGAGCAUCCAAUUAAGAAGGUUAAUUAGGGCUUUAGCCUAGACAGCUGAGCACAUGCAAACACUUACCCUCUGGAGACAGCAAGAGCAAUUAAAGUGCCUUGCAGAGGUUCCAACAAGCUUAAUGACUUUGACAGAGGACUGUAAUGAAGCACUUGAUAAUUUUGUGGGCAUCCGUAUGGGAAAUAAUGGCCUACUGAGCCUACAUUAUACUUACAGCCAUUCUGGGAGAGGAAUGUUAAGAGACAGAAGCUCUUUUGUAAGAAGGUUCAGCAAGAAUCAAUCACUGGAGUUGGGAGACAAUUCUUGAAUGUGAUUCUUGGAGAGGGUGGGAUGGGAUCAAGACCUGCUGCGGGUUGCUUGCUUCUGCUAGACCCUCUUUUUCUACCCCACUGAGCCAUGUUACUCUGUAUUGCCAAUUUUCUAAUAAAUUAAAAACCGAAAA